GCGGUACGUACUCCUCAAAGACAUAAAAUCAGACCUAAAAGUCAUGAAUGUUGAGAAAGAGAAUAUGGAGCCAACCCAUUCCGAGGAAGAAGGUGAAGCCUCAAAUGGUGUUGCUCUGCCUUUGACGAUCGGGAAGAAGAGGAAGCUGGUGAUAUUGGAUAUUAAUGGCGUACUUGCCCUUAUGGUUAGGCACUCGAUCCCAGGUGGUGUCAGCUUUCCCGGCGGGUUGACGAUAGCAAAGCGACCCUUCUGUGAAGAUUUUUUGCAAUUCUGCUUCGAGAGGUUCGACGUGGCCAUUUGGACUUCUAGAGCCAAG